AUGAAGGAGUUUCCUAGAAAGUUUCUCAGCAAGCGCGAAAAGAAUGGCCGGCGAUCUAAGUCGGCUACACCAGCGCCAGCUAUCCCAACGGUUCCUGACAGCACUGGGAACAAGAACAAGCCUCGACCACUCUCCGCUGGGGCUUUCAUGGCCUUAUUCAAAAACGACAGCGCAAAACAAGGGGCAAAAGCAGAAGCAGAGAAAGAGAAGGAUACCGCACAAGUCGAGGACAUUUUACGACGACUUGACGAACUCAAUAUAACUAAUGUCACCGCCGACCAUGUUACCGACAUUAUGGCAACCAAGUUUGCAGACCACGACCCCAACAAGACAGUCGAAUUCAUCGACAUGGAGCAAAAGGCCGCAGCUGGUAUCAUUACCCCAUAUGAUCCCGGCGUGGACAUGGUGGGCGCCGAAAACCGUGGCAAUGUGACUUGCUAUCUCGAUGCGCUCUUGUUCUCAAUGUUUGCCAAGAUCGAUGCUUUCGAGUGUAUGCUCAAGAACGACUUCCCAGAAGAAGACAAUCGCAACAAACUUGUCAAUCUCUUGCGGAUGUGGGUUAACAUGUUGAGAACGGGGAAAUUAGUGCAUACAGACAUGACUAAGUUGAUACAGGACGCUCUGGCUGACUGUGGAUGGUCGGACGCACGGAUGCUUGAGCAGCAAGAUACCUCGGAGGCUUUUGCCUUCAUAACAGAAACCUUACAGCUACCUUUGCUUUCACUGCAAGUCGAUCUUUUCCACCAGGGCAAGAAGGACAAGGACGACCACAAGGUUGUCUAUGAGCGUCUCUUGAAUCUGGCUAUACCUCCAGAUCCUGAAGGAAAGGGUCUAAAGCUGGAAGACUGUCUCGAAGAAUACUUUAACGCCCAGGUCGACGUCAAGCGAGAUAGUGAAGACGGGAAGAAGCUCGGGGUAGAAGAGAAGAGUCGAAGCGAGACACCAACACUCAAACACAGGGAUACGAUUCGAAUCAUCACGGAAGAACGCGGCGAAGCAUCAACGCCAACAUCUCCUUUGGUAAAUACACCAUUGGAAAUAACACCAACUUCGGAAAAGGGGCUUCCCCUUUUUUUGACAGAUCCCAAUGUCAAGGACGGAAAUGCCCCUGAUGAUGAAGCAGAGGGAGAGGUUACCACUGUGGAAAUAGUCAAAAACAAGCCAAGCAUGCGAACGAGGUCAACCAGCGUUAUCCAGCGUGUAGUGUUGGACGAAGACGGCCGCCCCUCUACCCCAGACAAUGUCACAAUGCUUCAAAAGGCUAUGAGGAAAGGCUCGACAGUUGUGAAGGCAGUUACUAUUCCUGCCUGGCAGUUUUUCCGACUGAUUCCUUGGCAUGCGCUGUCAAGCAGUGAGCCCAGAAAUAACACGGAGGUUGCAUUGAACUUUGAGCAAAGGCCUGUUGUUGGCAUUUGUCUCAAACGUUACGCUAUGACUGAGUCCGGCCAGCCGAAACGUCACAAUACCUUUAUCGACAUUCCCGAUAGUCUGAGACUACCCCAUUUCAUGCUUGCCGAUGAACCUAAGGCCGAGGAAGAUAUGAACGUGCUUAACACGGACUAUAAGCUCGUCCUACAGUCCGUCAUCUGCCACCGGGGAGACUCACUACAAAGUGGUCAUUAUGUUUCAUUCGCCCGGGUGGCCCCUAAGUUAUUGAAAGACAAUAGACGACAUAAUUUCGACCCACCACCGGAUUACGAAGAAGCACAAUGGGUCAAGUUCGAUGACCUCCAGAUCGAAAGCCGAGUCAGUUAUGUGGAAGAUAUCAGGUCAGCAUUGAAGGAGGAAAUGCCGUAUCUUCUUUUCUAUCAGAUUAUGCCUAUGGUCGAGGUCUCGCCUUCAUCUGUGGACGAGACAGAGACGGAACCGCCUUCCUAUAACGAUUCGAAAAUCAGCAUUGAAUUGCCUCCUACUCCUUCACGAAGCAACCGAUUGGGUAGUCUGGAGGGGGGUUAUUUUGAUAGUACACCAACCCUAGAAAACUCACAACUUUUGUCUAGCAAACCACCAAGUAUUCGACUCUCUAUGGAGGGCGAAAGGCCACGAAGAAGCGAAGAUGUCGAUCGCCACCCAGGAUCUCUGGCUGGGGACUCGCGGCGUCCUAGCGCUGUUUGGACUGAAUCGACCUCUCAUACCCCCAACUCCCACUCUCCAGCAGUCACGCCUAACGAAGAAUCGACAGCAUCGAGGCUGUCACGCGCAGCAUCUAGAUUCACGUUGGUUAACAGGAGUCGGCCGAGUAGCCAGAAUGGAGAAAAUCGCAUUAGUUUCUCGAUGAGCAGACUGGGCGGCCUCAUGCGGCCUAGCAAAGAACCUUUGACGGAGCCCAAAGAUGAGCCCAAUGGUCUUGGCAUGUCUUCUGCCAACUCCACGGGUGUCUUGACGGCAGAGAUAUCUAAAGAGCCGAAGGAGUCGAAGGAGUCGAAGGAUAUCGUGGAUGGGACAGAACAACUCGCCGAACCAGAGCCCGAACAGCAUCAUCAUCGUCACCAUGGCCAUAAGCAUGGUCAUAAGAGGGUCAAAUCCAAAGAAAAAGUAAAGAAUAAGAGUGGCGACCAACCCGAACGAGAAUGCACAGUGAUGUAA